AAAAGAAGAAAAAGAACGAUAAAAGGAUAAAAGAUGUGGAAAUACUUGAAAAUAUUACUAGGAUUUUAUAUGUUAGUUAUAACAAAGUGUUCAUUAUUGGAGAUGUCUCAAAUGAUGUGGGCUAAAUUUUUAGCUGGUGGUUUAUCAAAAGUUGGUCAAUUAGAUCCAUUGAGAGUGCCAAUGGUGAAGGUCGAUCAAUCCGAAGGGAAUACAAGUUAUCGUAUUAUAUUGAGAAACAUCGAGAUAUUAGGAUUAAACGAUUCGACGAUAGAAAGUAUACACGUGGGACGUGGAAAAUUGAGAUCUAAUCUGAGCGAAUUGGAAGCUGGAUAUGUAACUUACAGUGAUCUUGGUGAUUUAGAAUCAAUUCGAUACAAAUUCCAUACGGUUGUUAACAAUAUGAGAAAUAUAAUGAAUAGCAAAGAUGACGUUGCAACGAGCGAAUUUAAUUCGUCACAAUAUAACGAUGAACGAUUUGAAAGGACAAUGCAAUAUCAGCCUGCAAGACAAUCUUCUUAUGAAAAAUCAAAUGAAAGUAAUUACGGAAGUUACGAGAGACAACGACAAGCUCGUUUCAAUGAACGUAAUUAUCAAGAAUCUCAAAGAAAGAUGGCCGAAUAUACGACAACGGAUUCUUCUUACGUAAGAAAUUUGAAGAUCGAAGAAAGAAUGGAAAGUCGUCGUACAAAUGAUAAUACAAAAUAUCCCUCGAGCGUUCACGUUGUAUACGCGCAAAGUUUAAACAAUACUAAAGCCAAUGAAGAAACUAAUAGAAAUGAUAAAGAUGAGAUAGAUUGUUACGAUGGUAAAUCUAAUUCAAGAGAAAGUUCAUACUUGAUGGAAAAACAAGGAAGUUAUCAAAUGUCUGAACAAAUUCAAAAAGACGUAAAACCAAAAUCAUAUUACGAAGAAAAUCACGAGGAUGUUAAUGUUUCGGCUUCGGAGAAUAAAGAAAUUAAAUUGGAUAGACCGAUUGAAGGUUCAAGUAUAUCGUAUUAUAAUGAUCAACGUACGGAUUAUAAAACGAACGAUAAUGUCAAUGAAAAAUUGCAACGAUCGACUGAAAGAUCAGCAGGUAUAUUGUAUUUUAAUGAUCGACGAGGCGAUAUGAUCGAUGAAAGUUUGAAACAACAAACUGAAAGAACAACUGCAUCUUAUUAUACUAAUCAACGUAAGGAUUAUCAACGUAAUGGUAACGUCGAUGGAAAAAUUGAAAUAAUGUCACAACGAUCGGAAUCGAUUAAAUCCUCUAAUCAGAGAUUAGAAAAUAAACCGGGUUAUAUUGAUAUUAUUUAUGCCGAUGAGAAAAAUUCGAAUGGAGUUAAACAUUUUGGUAACAUGAAAUUGCAGGCUAGUCGAGAAACGAAAGUUUAUGGAUUUGAGGAUGUCAUGAAGGAUAUUCAAGAGAAUGCAAGAAUGUUUAUUCAUAAUUUUACUGAAGGUGAAUCAUUGACAAAGAUGAAUGAUCGUAUUAAAAAAGCAUUAGAAGCGAAAAGAUUAAAAGAUCUAGAAAGAUAUGCAGAAAAUUAUCAAGAAAAGGAAGGAUAUUUUGAGGAGGGUAUGGAAUUGAUUUAUCAUUAUGGCGGAAUGGGAAAUGAAUCGAAGGAAAUUAGACGUAUAAAACGUGCACAUCCUGAAAGUGAUUCAGAGGACGACGUGAUGCACGUGAUUAUGCGAAUACGCGUGCCACUUCUUCGCGUGAAAUCUGAAUACAUGCUCACGGGAAAAGUCGGAGAAGAAAUUUUGAGGGGGAACGGAUUACUAGCCGGAAAUUUCACCGAUCUUCUCGGUGAUUUCACGGUUGAAUUGAAGAAAGGUAAUAACGAUUCGAUGACGGUACGUGCUACUAGAGCAAAAUUAACAUCGAAAGAUAAAAGUAUCGAUCUUCAAGGAAUGAACGAGGAAGAAGGUCCUGUAAAAUCGAUAUUAAGUCAAGGUUUAAUGGCUGCCGAAGCAGUUGCAGCUAUGCUUGCCGAUGACUUGACAACGAAGGCUCUCAGCGAGAAAACAGCUGAUGCUAUGGUAUAUCGCAUGUAUAAUGAUCUUCCAAUGGUUAAUUAA